AUGUCUCCCAACUUCCAUCUGUUCAUGAUAUGCGCUAUAGUCUGCUGGUCACUUUUCUCCUCAGCCUACCGCGCAACAUCAGCAGACACUCUCACCGUCGGUUUUGCACUCACGGUCGACCAUGCCACUGCCACAAUUCGCCACAACAGCACGUUCUUUGAGGACCUGGUCAAAGUCGAAGCUUCGGAGGAAUACAUCAAGUUGAUGCAAAGAGAACGAGACGCACGCAAGAAGAAAGGACUUCCUGCUUCCAAUGACGUGGCUGUAAUUGCGGCAUUGCUCAAAGCCAUCAAAGACGUUGCUGAAGCAUCUGUGGGCGCUUCCGUUUCCGCUCUAGUGAGCUUCCCUGCUCUGCCUGGCCUAUAUCAGGAGGAUAUAGUCGAUGCCGCCUAUUACGUUGGUCUUGAAGGAUUAGCAAAAGGCCUCGCGCGUCAUCCUCACGAACUCAUCGCUGCAUACGCGGGUCACGGAUACGACCUGUGCAAGAGCUACAACCCCGUAAAACGAUGCGUGCCGGACGACGGAGACAGUUUCACAACCCGUACCGUGCUGCUGGCUGAAUACACGGAAACCGCACUGCUGUUGCACUUGGAAGGUCUGAACGGAGCAGUCGAACUGUCAUGGCCGAAUAUGUACCUUAACCUGCAAUUCGACCUAGGUAGCUCUCGAACGCCGGAAGAGCAGGACGUUCGCAAUAGCGUGCUACAUUUUCUGUACCAUCACUACAACGAGCGAUUAGGGAGAGGACCACCGGACAUGACCGUCAUCUUGGUGGGUGAUGCGGAAAGCGUCGGUGACGGCAAGGUGCAACGAGCGACGAAGACUGUGCUUGAAGCACUUGGGGCGCAUGCCGAAGUUCUGGCUGAUAAUUCAGCCUAUAUCGCAGCAAGGGGAGCAGCGGAGAUGGCGUGGCGAGCGCUGGAUCACGAAGAAAGAAUGGAGUUGUGA